AUGAUGGAUGAAAAUGAUGUUAAAGAAUUAAUCUCAAGCUACAAGAAUAUAAAGGAUAGAGUAGAAAUUAUCUCAAAUAAAUUUGAUAGACAUAAUGUUAAAUUAGUUGCAGUAAGUAAAACAAAACCAACUGAAAUGAUUAGAAUAUUAUAUGAUAAAGGUCAUAGACAUUUUGGUGAAAAUUAUAUUCAAGAAUUAGUUUCAAAAUCUGAAGAAUUAUCAGAAUUAAAUGAAAUUAAAUGGCAUUUCAUUGGAAGUAUUCAAUCAAAUAAAUCAAAAAUAUUAACAUCAGUAAAGAAUUUAUAUGUUGUUGAAACUGUUGAAAAUAAAAAGAUUUUAGAUAAAUUAGCGAAAUCAUUAUUAAAUAAUGAAGAAAAUAAUAAUAACAAUAACAAUAAUAAUAAUAAAAAAUUAAAUAUUAUGAUUCAAGUUAAUACAAGUGGCGAAGAAUCAAAGAGUGGUUGUAAACCAGAGGAAUGUUUAGAUUUAGUUAAACAUUGUUUAGAGGAUAACAAUUGUAAAAAUUCAUUAAACUUUUUAGGUUUAAUGACAAUUGGUAAUCCAAAUGCCACACCUGAUCAACCAGAUUUUAAAUGUUUAGUAGAUUGUAAAAAUAAUAUUUCAAAACAAUUAAAUAUACCAUUGGAUUCAAUAGAAUUAUCAAUGGGAAUGAGUCACGAUUUUGAACCUGCUAUUGAAUUUGGUUCAACAAGCGUUCGUGUUGGUAGUGCCAUAUUUGGUGAAAGAGACUAUUCAAAUAAAAAAUAA